AUGAAGUUGGAAGAUGCAAAAUAUGUAUCUAUGCUUGUUCUACUUGCAUCUAAUUUAAUCAUGAUACUUAUUGCUAUAUGUUUACAACGAUUUUUACUUCAUCGUAAUGGAAAUUUUCUUUCCAUGACUCAACAUAUCAUUUCUUGUCUAACAAGUGGUAUCUUCUUAGGUACUCUUUUAAUGAUAGUUCUUCCAAAUUCUCUUGAGCUUGUUGCUCAUCAAUGGCAUAUUGUUAAUAUGGGUUAUUUAUUAAUUGGUCUUGGUUUUUUUCUUAUAUGUAUCAUUCAAGAAUUAACAAAUCUGUUUGAAUUAAAGCUAUUAAAUAAACAAAAUAAAAUUGAACAUGAACAAUUAAUUGAUUCAUCAACGACACCACGUCAUGAUCAUCAAUUGGGACGUCUGGUUACACUUGUUUUUGCUCUUGGUAUUCAUUAUUUUUUUAACGGGAUUCUGAUUGGUGGACAAACAAAAGACAUAACAACAUUAUGGCUUUUAUUAGGUGCUAUCUGUUUUCAUAUGUCUUUAGUUGCAUUUUCGGUAACACUUCGUCUAUUAAUUGACAAUGAAAAUUAUAUUCGAGUAUUUUGUGCUAUGUCUAUUUGGACUUUAAUGGGACCGGUUGGUGUAUUUGUAAGUUUAUUAAUUAGUUCCGAUUCAUCUGGAUUAAAUUUAGUAAAUGGAAUUUUACAAUGUUUAAGUGCAGGAGUAUUUAUUUAUAUAACAUUUAUUGAUAUGAUUUAUGAUGAUUUGAUUAAAAGAAAAUCUUAUCCAUUUGCUAAUAUAAUUUUGAUUUUUGGUGGAUUUUUNCCUAGAUUGACGAAAAAUCAUUAA